GUUCCUUUCAUGCAAAUUCCAAUGUGGUUUCGCCUCAAUAGAUUCCUGUAACUUAAAACGCUCAAUACCUGCCAGUUGUCGUCUAAAAAGAAGUUGUGAAGUCCUCGGAUAGAUCGAGUUGUUUUUCACUCACCACUACAGACUGAAUUUUAAAUUCCACAUGGCGAUCUUUCGCGAUGCACUGGAAUUUACAAAAUGAGCUGGAUUACACCUCAGCUAAGGCUGAUCACAUGAAGUAUGGAAAGUUUCAAAGCGAUCGCCGAUGAUACUUCGCAAAAGGAAAAUAAUCCUUUCUUGACAAAAUAUUUAAAGGAGAGAGGUCUGCAGAGAGAGGUUCCGUUAUCCAACGCAGACCCGAAGUUUGCUCUAGAUCAAGGCGACGCAAAAUCUCAGCAGCCUUUAAAGGUAAGGAACAUGACAACUCAGGCACAGAACCACAGGCCCCAUGAUCAGGCACAACUUGUGGAUAAGUUUAGGAAGCUACGUCAGUGGCAACAACAACAGCAGGAGAGUAUGUUCCGUCAACAACAACAACAAAUGGAGACACUAAGAAUGGAACAAAACAAACUUCAAAGUAUUUUGGCUGCCCAAAGAAAACUUCAAGGACAAACUGCUACAAGUACCCCAACAUAUCCUCCAAACUUUGUAGGAACUGUUUCAAAUCAAGCUGAACCUAUCAGAGAAGGAUCAGUGACUGUCACAAGUCAACUACAACAGGGAAGUGUGAGAUUGCAGGCUCCCUUAGAUAUGGGGUCAAGAGUGCAAGUUGAAGAUGGAGGCUUUGAGCCUGUAAGGAAUGGUUCAGAUGGUUUUCCAAGAUCCAUACCAACAUUUUCAUUGCCCUCUUCUGCUAUGGGCCAAAUGGAUUUUGAAAUGCAAACUAGACAGCCUGGACCACAACACUUUGGCGAACCUGAUCCAAAAUUCUCUGUCAAUGAUAAAGACAGAUUUCAAGAAAGUUUGCCUCAUUUGAAUGAGACAGUUUAUCCUGUAAUGUGGAACUCAUCAAAUUACCGUUUCCCCCUUAGAACUAUUCCUCCUGUGGUGGGGACCAGGCCCAUAUCAGAACAGCCUGUGAUUGGAUCAGCAAUGACAAGUAACCCCCUAUCCCACCUUGGGAUGACUAAAAUUCCUCCACAGUUUCAAAGUCCAGUCAUAAGUCAAAGACCAGGUGAUAUGUUUCAGAACAAUCCUGCAACAAAUAAUGAUAACUGUCCAGAACUGAACCUUGAAAGAAUUGAUACCUCUCAGUAUGAUAGAAAUCCUGCUAUGACACCAGAUCUAGAGAGGUUAUGGAGUCACAAUGCUGGUGUAAAAAGUGUGGCUGACAUAGAUUCUCAAGUUGAUGAACACUCCGAAGCAGACACUAUGAGUGGGGUUUACCCUCUCUAUGAUUCUGAGCCUGACAUGGGCUUUAAUGAGAUUGAGGAUGAAAAUGAUGAAGAUGAUAAAGAUGCAGAGUCAGAUGAUGAGGAAGAAUUAGAGGAAAGUAAUGAAAGGGAUAGAUCUGUUAUAGACUUACAGGCUCAAUCACAGGAUUCUACGGAAAUGGUGAGUUUUCAUGAGGAUGUCUUAGUGAGAUAUUCAAUUAAUAUAAUGUAACAGGAUAAAGGGGGUAAGUUUUUAAAGAAACUUUGGUGCUGCAUUGAUGGGGGGUUCACCAAGAUGAAAUUGCUUUUGUUAGCUGAGUUGAUAAUGUAGAUUGAUAAUGCAGAUUGACACUGCAGAGAGAUUCUAAAGCCAAUGUUUUAAGUUCAUUGUGAUGAAGGGCUAAUGAUCUAAAUGUCAGAUUUAAAAUUCUUUGCCACAGUCAAUUUACUUUAUCAACACAAUAUGUAAGGGGACUUACUUUA